CCGUUGUGGAUUGUCCACGUGGCCAAUCGCCCAUUUCUGCCACACCCCUCACGUCAACAACCAUGCGCGUGCACUCGAUGCUUGUGGCGCUUGCCGCCGCAGUGGCCUUAGCGACUGCCGACGAAGUCGCCGUGAACACAGAUGCGUCCGUGUCGGUAGACAUGAACGGGGCGGCGUUGAAGCAACUCGGCGCAGAGAUCGAGACGCUUAAGAAAGCGAACGCUGACUUGGACGCCAAGUACCAACAAGAACGCGAACAAGUGGCGGCCUUGCUCAACGUUGUCGAUGAACUCAAGGUGUCGUCAGCCGACAUGAGUGCGAAGCACGAUCAAGUUGUGGCGUUGGAAGCAGACCUGGAGGCCUUGCGAAAAGCAUCGCAAGCUGCCGAGAAGAAUUUCAAAGAAAACACAGCAAACUUGGAACAGAGUCUCAAGACGCUUAGUGCCGCCGCGAAGGCUGCAGAGGACAACCGUCAAGCUGACAAAGUGCAAGCCACUGCCACCCUCAAGUCAGCGGAAGGCGUGGUCGCUUCUCUGACGACGCAACUUAAUGAUGCCAACCUGGAAGUGGCUGGCCUGAAGAAGCGCAACGUAGAGCUGGAAGGGCAAUUGAACAAUGUUCAUGCAGACUCGACAGCGGCGACGGAGCAGUUGGUGGCGCUGAAAGACACAUUGCAUGCAAAGGCGACGUCGCUGGCGACCGAGAACAAGGACCUAAAGGACAAGGUGGCGGAGUUGGAGGUGCAAUUGACUGCCGAUCAAGCGCAAAUCACGAAGCUUGAGACCGAGUUGAAGGCUACCAAGGCCAAGUUGGGCCAAAUCUCGACAUUGCAAGCCCAGCUCAAGGACGCCAAGCAACAUAUUUUGGAUCUGCAGGCGGACAUCAAGAAGGCGGACGCCGCCAUCAACUGGCAAGCUGUGUUUUCCGCUUACUACGACAAUGUGGCUAAUACGUUGGAGCAUUCGGACGAAUACGUGGCGCUGGCCAAGUCGAAGUCGAUCGAAAUUUACGACAACCACGUUCAUCCGAUCACAUUAGAAGCACUCAAGCAUGCAUCGACCCUGUCAUCCUCUGCCCACGACUUGUACAAGAAACAUGCUGCGGAGCACGUAGACCCUAUCGUUGCCCAAGUUGUCUUGGCGGCCGCGCCGCACUACGCCGCCCACGCCCCUGUCGUGCACGAAUUCUACUCGAAGUUUGCCGAGAAGUCGCGCCGGUUGAUGAACACGGCUGACCAGCGAUUCCGCAUGACGCGCAAGUGGUGCAUCGGUCGUUUGAAGAAGCUGUACCCUCGCAUCGCCAAGUACGCACGCCAAAUCGUCGACUUCACCAUCUUUUUGAUGGUGCUCCCACUCGUGUUUGCCGCGUAUCGCAUUGUCGUUGAAGUGAUCUCGUUGACGCUGUACGCCGCAACCUGCUGCUGCUGCUUUGGCCUCUUUGGUCGCAAGCCAGUCAAGCACGAAGUUGCCCAGCCUGUGAACACCUCCGCCAACGCCGGCGCCAAGCAGCCAGCCCUCUCGACAGCAUCCAAGAAGGGCAACAAGAAGCACUCUGACUCGAAGAAGACGCAAUAAAUAUCUGCGGACGUUUAUGAUUGGUUGAUUUAUAGAUUGCACUGCAAAUAUGAUUGGUUUAGUAAAUUGUUGUGGCGUUUGAUUGGAUAAAAUCAAUUAGUAUGUCCAA